AUGUCCAACUUCUUCAAAAACAGGGCUCCCCCACGCCAGAAACGCUCGCCCACCCCAACGGGAGGUGGACUGACACGCAAAGACUCGUUCGGCUCAGAACCAUCCUCACCUAGUGUUGCCUCUGGGCCGAAACCACUAUACCUCUCGCGGCCUUUCUGUGACGCUGCUCUCGUCAAAGGAAACUUCAAGACCAUCGUAGUACAACCCAAGUAUGUUGAUCCAAACGAGUGGGUGGCGGUUAACGUGUUCGACUUCUACACUAACUUGAAUGAGUUCUACGGCGUGUUGACCGAGUGUUGCACACAGCAAUCGUGCCCCACAAUGUCGGGUGGCCCGUCACUAAACUAUACCUGGUUGCAAGAUCGCAAACGAGUGUCGCUUUCCGCGCCGACCUACAUCGACUCCGUCAUGUCGACCGUGCAAAAUUUGCUCAACGACGAGAAUACCUUCCCUACCAAGUCCAGCCAGCCAUUCAACCCCGAAGCCUUUGUUGGCACAGUCAAGCAAAUCUACGUCCAACUUUUACGCGUAUUUGCGCACCUCUACCACGCCCACUUCCCUGACAUCCUCCAUCUCCGCGCCGAACCCCACUUCAACUCCAUGUUUGCGCAUUUCCUGGCAUUUGGGCAGACAUACGGCCUAUUCGAAGAGCGUGACAUCCGCGGAGAGCCUGGCGCGCCAGUGGGUGUUGGCGCAUUGUGGGAGAGGUGGAGGAGUGUUGGAAUAUUGGAAAGCUGA